AUGUCCAGCAACCGCAAUACGACCGGUUCCCACCAGCAAGGAGGACACAAAGGUGGUGACAACCCAAUGACAUCGGAAGACGCGUCAAGAAUCCAGAGUGCCGCGGAUCGAAAUCCGAAAUCUGCCACUGCCACCACCGGCUUCAAGGAGCGCGCCAUGUCGACCGCUGCCAAGAACGAAGAAUCGGGCAAGAAGCCUCUUCGUGUAGUCAUCUAA